UCACCUUUUUUCUUCGAGUUACACAGUGCCCGCCCCAUUUUCCCUCCCCGUCAUACCUUUACUGCUCACUCAACUUUCAAGUAAACAGAUACUUAGCUAGUAAUAGCAACAGAAGAAGAAGAAGAAGAAGAAGAAGAAGAAGAGAAGAAGCAGCAGCCAAACAUCCAUGGCUUCUCUUUUCCAUUACAUUUCAAAAUCCCAACGCGUAUGCAUCUCACUAUUUAGACUUCCAACAAGCUUCAUUAGCUCUUUCUCUGCCCCAUCCUUCAAUUCAUACCCUUCCACCUUUACACGCCCAUUCCAAGUGGCAUACAUUGCUUCUCUUGCUGAAACGGCCACCGGAUUUGAUGACAUGGUUUCUGGCACCAAACGCAAAUACUUCAUGUUGGGUGGGAAGGGAGGAGUUGGGAAAACGAGUUGCGCCGCAUCUCUUGCUGUAAAGUUUGCAAACCAUGGCCAUCCAACUAUUGUAGUCAGUACUGACCCUGCUCACUCAUUGAGUCAUUCCUUUGAUCAGGAUUUGACUGGAGGGACUCUCGUUCCAGUUCAAGGAGUGGAUUCUCCAUUAUAUGCACUGGAGAUAAACCCUGACAAAACAAGAGAAGAAUUCCGUGCAGUGAACCAGGAUGAUGGUGUCAAAGAUUUUAUGAAUAGCAUGGGAGUGGGAACAUUGGCUGAGCAGUUGGGGGACCUAAAAUUUACAGAGCUGUUAGACACCCUUCCACCUGGUGUAGAUGAAGUUGUUGCGAUUUCUAAGGUUAUUCAAUUUGUUGAGUCUAAAGAGUACAGUAACUUCACUCGGAUAGUUUUUGACACAGCUCCCACUGGUCAUACACUUUGGCUUUUGUCAUUGCCAGAAGUCAUGGAUGCAUCAAUUGGUAAGAUGAUGAAGCUAAAGAAAAAAAUAGCUUCUGCAAACUCAGCAAUUAAAUCUGUUUUCGGGAAAGAGAGCCCUCGACAAGAUGACACCAAUGACACUCUACAGCAGCUAAGGAGCAGGAUGGCCGAAGUCCGAGAUCUGUUUCAUGAUACCGAAGCUACAGAGUUUAUCAUUGUUACAAUUCCCUCGGCUAUGGCUGUAAGUGAAUCUUCACGGUUGUGUAAAUUCUUGAAGAAAGAAAAAGUUGCGGUAAGAAGGCUUGUCGUUAAUCAAGUGCUAUCACCAUCUGCCUCAAACUGCAAGUUGUGUGACAUGAGGAGGAAGGAUCAGAGUCGGGUUCUUGAUUUGAUUGGUAAAGAUCCAGAUUUGGGAAGGUUGAUGUUACUCCAGGCACCCCUGUUUGAUGCAGAGAUAAGAGGUGCACCUGCGCUUAAAUUCAUGGGCGAUACGGUUUGGAAAUGAAUAAUGUCCAUCCAUAUAGGAAUAUGGAUGUUGACAUUAAAGAAGAAGCUACUUGCACUUGAGGCAACUGGAUGACGAGGUAAUAAAGAGUAUAUUAGAAUUGACUUAAAAGUUAUUGUUGUAACUCAAUAGAUGGAUCAUUAACUUGAAAGAAGAUUACCUGAAUCCUUGGCCCGGAUUGUUUGCAAGGAUGGAUGGGUAUUUUUUUGCAGACAGCAGAGUGAAUGUAAGUUAAAGAAUCAAAAUUAUCAUUAUCAUCAAGUGUGAACAUCAA